GCUGCUGCAAAAGAUCGCGGAUAUGAGCGAAGCAGUGUUCAACGACCCAGUGCAUGGCCACAUCCAUGUGGACCCUCUGUGCAUGGCCAUCAUCAACACGCCACAAUUCCAGCGGCUCCGCCGGUUGAAGCAGCUUGGUGCAACCAACUUUGUGUUUCCUGGCGCCACCCACACGCGUUUCGAGCACUCUGUUGGGGUAUCGUGGCUGGCAGGGGAGCUGCUGGAUGUCCUGAAGCAGCAAGAGAACCUCAAGGACCUGAUUUCAGAACAGGAUGAGCUGUGCGUCAAGAUUGCCGGCCUGUGCCAUGACCUGGGACACGGUCCCUUCAGCCAUCUCUUUGACGGCUGGUUCAUGAAGGAGGUCAACCCGGGAAGCACCUGGACGCAUGAGGAGGCGUCCGUCGAGAUGUUCAAGCACAUGAUCCAGGCGAACAACCUCGGCCCCGCCAUGGCCGCACGCGGGCUGACUGAUCGAGACAUCAUCUUCAUCUUGGAGGCGAUUUACGGCCGUCUCCCAGACCACCUCCUCCCCACAUUCUCCAUCACGCACGAUGGCGCACCAGUGCUGGACGGCGAGUUGAGCGUCGUGUCACAGUCGUCCACCACAGACACCCCGCCCGUGGCCGUAUCCUUCGGCAACAACACCACCACCACUGACACGAGCCGCACCAGCAGCGAUGGUGAUGGCGACGGUGAUCAGCCUGGCGAGCACAUGCGAUACGAGGGGUACCGCGGCCGCCCCUUGGAGAAGUGCUUCCUCUACGAGAUUGUCGGCAACAAGCGAAACUCAAUUGAUUGCGACAAGUUUGACUACUUCUGUCGCGAUGAGCACCAGCUUGGCCUGCAUGUCAGCUUCGACUAUCGCCGUCUCAUCCGCUUCGUUCGCGUCAUUGACGUUCAGGGCGUUCCCGCCCUGUGUUUCCGCGACAAGGAAAAGUCAACCAUCUACGACAUUUUCCACACGCGCAACAGCCUUCACCGGCGUGCGUACCAGCACAAGACGUGCAACAUCAUCGAGCACAUGAUUGUGGAGGCGCUUCUGCAGGCGAACGAUCACAUUCGUCUGCCGGGCACUGGCGGACGUCGUGUCCGCAUCUCCGACGCCAUCCACGAUAUGGAGGCGUACACGCACCUCACGGACGACAUUCUCGUGCUCAUCGAGUUCAGCGAAAAGCCGGAAUUGCGCAAGGCCCAGGAGCUGUUGCAGCGCAUAUACUCGCGCAAGCUGUACAAGUUCAUUGACCAGACACAACCGCAGGAGGGCGCCUUCUUCAAGCCGGCGGACUGCCAUCGAAUCGCCGAAGGCAUCAUUGCUUGCAUCGACCCAACAGAGGCCCAGGUGAAGCUGGCCCCAGAUGACAUUGUCAUUCACGUUGUCACCCUCGCCUUCAGUCAAGCGGACGGUGGUGUGCUGGAACACGUGUACUUUUGGAGCAAGCACGUGCCAAACAGGCCCCUCAAGCUGCGCCAGCCAGAGAUUGGGCAGCUGCUUCCAGCUCGAAUGAAGGACCAGUACAUCCGUUUAUACUCCAAGUCCGAUGAUGCGCAUGUGAAGGUUGUGCUGGCCAAUGCGUUUUCCCGGUGGUGCCAGACAAAUGGGUGUCUCCUUCCGCUCGGACGCACCACCGACGGCAGCUUCACGCCUCUUCCGUCGCCCAAGAGCAAGCGUAGGGCAGAGGCCAAGCGGGGGGCGCAGGGCCGUACCGAGGUACAGCCACGGAAGCUUGCCCCGUCCGACGAUGACCACGACGACUGUCAUCAGUAGCCCACGAUGAUGCCGACAAUGGCAGCAGUGACAACAACCCCGGCGGCCAGUGGAG